AUGAGCGAUUGCACAGAUGUAAACGGAGAUAUUUCACCUCAUAAACGUGAAAUAAUGAAUACUCAUUCGAAAGUAACGGUCGUUUUAGGUGCUCAAUGGGGCGAUGAAGGAAAGGGAAAAAUUGUAGAUAUGUUAGCAAUUGAUGCUGAUAUAGUUUGUCGUUGCCAGCGCAUAUUAGUGUUAUUAUUAAGAGUUGAAAACAUUAUAUAG